AUGACGGUUGAUCCAUCAGCUAUAAAACUGUUCAGUGAUGACAUCGAGAACAGAGAAGAAGCUCCUGAAAUUGAAAGUAUUGUUAGUUUUAUGUGAAGUUUAUGAUUACUGCAUAUCCUUUUUACAUAUAUAACAUUAGGUUGUUUAAAUGACUUUUUGUCCUUGAAAAAUUUUCUAAAUCCUGCCUUUUCCUUUAACCUGUUGAUCAAAAAUAUAAAUCUAUUUCAAGAGCGUGCACGAUGAGAACGUUUCUUCAUUUUUUGAAAUCGACAAAGCUGUAGAGUGGAUCAAGAAUGGGAAGUACGAACGGGUAGCACUUCAGUUCCCAGAUUCUUUGUUAAAGUAUGCCUUUGCUGUAGCAAUGCAAUUGGAAGAGAAAAGUGGAUCCAACAUGUAUGUGCUGGCUGAUACGUCGUAUAGAAAGUAAGUUUAUUUUUAAUCAAUUUUUUUAAAUUUUAAAAAGGGUUUUAUGUCAAACAAAUAUUGUACUAUUAUAUAUCACCGCGAAGCCUAUAUUAUCAAAGCUUACUCAAAGUAAGGAAAAAUUUAAAUGUGCGACAGUUUUUGCAACAACUAGUAUACUAUAUUAUACUAGCUAGUAUAAAAUGCCAAAUAAGGUUUGUUAUAUUUACACCAUACCAAAUUACAAUAGUAAUUUUCAGCUGCUGUGUAGACUCCGUAGCCGCAGAACAUUCAAACUGUGAUGCCUUGAUUCAUUAUGGCGAAGCCUGCCUCAGCGAGAAAACUGAUAAGAUCCGAGUAUUCUACAUAUUCUGUCGACUACAAUUGGACUCUACAGACUUUCAAUCAAAUAUUACACGACAUUUCGCUCAAAAACCGACAGAAGACGGAAUAAAGAACAUUGUACUACUAUACGACGCUGUCUAUUCACAUCUAUCGAACAAAUUAAAAGAGAUUCUGGCGGAUAAUGUGCCAAAUCUAAAUGUUCUAGUAUGUGAAUGCGUAGAUGAAGUGAUGGAAGAGCAGAAUGUUAAGCUAGGGAGGAAGAUACCAGAGCAUAAUGAAGAAGAGAGUAUAUUGAUGUUUGUUGGUGAUAAAGAUAGUUGCCUGCUUCCGAUAUGGUUGAUGACUUUCCCAAAAUAUGCAAAUGUCAUUGUAUAUCAGCCAAAGGAGAAGAAAUUGAAAACUGAAUGGUAGGUUUUGUAUACAAUAAUUAAUUUGUAGUAUAAUAUUAUAUAGGAUUCAAUGCAGGUGUAUACUUUUCAAUACAGUUAAACAGCUACUAUAAUAUAAAAUUACAGCUCAUCAGCCUUCCGCCAGCUCCGCAAACGGAUGUACCUAAUCGAACGUCUCAAAGAUGCCAAAACAAUCGGUCUUGUAGUAGGCACAUUGGGCACAAAACACGGUCCAGAAGCCAUCAAACGAGUCAGAAGUCUCUGCAGCGUCGCCCAAAAGAAGCUCUACGUCUUCUCAAUCGGAAAACUGAACGAAGCCAAGUUGUCCAACUUCUCUGGCGACAUAGAUGCGUUCAUUUUACUCAGUUGUCCCUUCGGUAUUCUAUUGGAUACGAACGAAUUCCUGAAGCCCAUCGUGAGCUUGUUCGAAGCUGAAAUCGCCUUGAAUCCGGCCAGUCCGGAUUGGUUUGCUGACGGCGGAUGGACUGCCGAGUUUCCGAAUUUGCUGAAUGGUAAGUGUAUAGUCAAUAUCGGUGAGUUUAAUAUAGACGUGUUAGGGUAGAAAGUGUAGUAUAAACGUGGCAGUGAUAUUCAAAAAAACUAAAACUAAUCCCAACGUUCUUUCAGCCCCAAUUAAACCCUCAAAAUCGACGGACAAAGAAACCGAUGUCAGCUUGAUCAGCGGUCGAAUCCGCAACUUACAAACGACGGAAGAAGAGAACGAUAAACGCGAUAUUGUACUACAUUCAGCCGGUGACUACUUUAUGAAUCGUACUUGGAAAGGUCUUGAUGACGAGAAUGGCCAAGAAUCGACCGAAUUACGACAAGGGCUUAAGGGCGUGGCCAUGGGUUAUGGUACUGAACCUCAAAAUUAA